GGAGAGUCACUCCGCCGCCGCCGAGGGCCGCUGCUAGGAGUUGGGGGGGCGCGCGCGCACGCUGCUGCUGCUGAGGAGCAGGGGCGAUGGCGGCGGGUGCCUGCGAGGCCUGGCGGGGCCGUUACUACCGGCUGGAGGAGAUCCAGGCGCACAACCACAGCCAAAGCACCUGGAUCCUCCUGCACCACCGCAUCUACGACCUCACCAAGUUCCUGGAGGAGCAUCCAGGUGGUGAAGAAGUCCUAAGGGAACAAGCUGGAGGAGAUGCUACUGAAAGUUUUGAAGAUGUCGGCCAUUCCACAGAUGCCAGAACACUGUCUGAGACAUUCAUUAUAGGGGAGCUUCAUCCUGAUGACAGAGACAAAAUUAAGAAACCAGCGGAAACACUUCUUACCACUGUGGACUCUAAUUCCAGUUGGUGGACCAGUUGGGUGAUCCCAGCAAUAGCAGCAAUUAUUGUGGCCCUGAUGUAUCAUUUCUACAUGUCAGAGUAAGCAUGCUACUGAGAACCAAUAAAAGGAGAGACGAAUUUGGGAAAGAAAACAGAAGCCAUCUUAACUCACUACACUUCCUGACAAAAGCAUAAUAGCUGAAAAGAAAUUUUUUAAAUUGAACUUUUCCAGGAAACUUUCUGCUGUGCACUUUCUUCUUAAUUCUACCUUUUACUCACUGCUUAAGUGCUAAAGGUAGUGUUUAUCUUUUGUAUAACACUGUUUUAUUCUCUAAUGAACCAUUUGAGAUAAUGCUGAUUUCUGUAUUACAACAGAUGUUAUGUAUGUACCUGCCUGAAACUUGUAACUUUGCUUCUUUAAUGUUUGUUAAGGCUGUCUGUCUGAAUUUAAUAUGAAUCCUUCAGCCCUAAAUAACUAUGAAAAUUGGUGGGCAUGUGUCUAUGAAAACAAUGUUCAUUUUACCUUUUACCCAUAAUCUUAUAUUCUUUGCUUUCAGUCUAGUACUGCUUUCAAAUUGUUUUUUCUUUCUACAUAAAGAAACAAAUUCAAUUUUUUUACUUUAUAUUUAAAAAUAAAAUGGAGAAAGUUCUGUGGUGGUAGGUCUAAGGGUCAGUAAAGCUUGUAAAUGUAUGUAAAGUGUAGCCUAUACAAUGCGUGGAUCUACAUGUCAGGCUGUACAAUGGCCUACUUCAAAGACCUUCCUGACUCUUAGGACUAGUACAGAGUGCUACCCUAAAAAAGCCAGCGUGCUUAAUUCAGUUGCUUAUUGGAAAAGCAUCACUGAAGCAUAGUGAAAUUAAACUUAAGGAAACAAUUGGGAUAUCUCAUAUAAACAUUAUCCUGUCUAGUUUGAAAAAACAUACAACUCAAAAGCUCUUUUAUUGGUUCUGCUUUUUAGGGGGAAAAUAUUUUAUGUAAAUUCCACAACAGGUAACUUUUCUAAGUGGAGCAAAAUAUUACUUUUAGCAACCAGAACUCUGAACUGAUGUGACUGUAACUUAUCCUACAACUUGAGCUAAAGCUUUAGGAAAUCUUCAACCUAAAGCUAUGGUUCCUAGUAAGUGAAACUGAUUAUCUAACUACUGUACUGAGUUUACUGUGCUGAUUCUCAGUACUAAGGAAAAAAGGAACAUACAACUUGUACUUAUCAUGAAAUAACUCUUCAGGAGAGGAAUCUUGCUGUUUGCAUUUUCUAGGGUGAUGUUUUUAACUUGUGCUAUUCGUAUGUACAAUAUCAUGAAUAAAAGCACAUCCCUAGUGUCUUUCCACAUUCCUAUAAAA